GAACUUCAUACGACAAACAUCUCCUGGCCCUAUAUACUUACCCUUUUUGAAGUAGAAAACAUAGCAUCUUCGAAGUAUCCACAGUCAUUUUGUCACGCUCUGCACAUCUAUCAAUAUGGAAUUAUCACUCGGUGCUCCAGUUUUCGUCGCUCUUUUGGUUGUUCUGAUCGGUAUCACUGCCGGUGCUCCUUUGGAUGGUGAUUUGAACUUGCAAAUGGAUAUUCUUGAUAAGAUCGGAGUUACAAAUCCUUGGAAUUUCCCUUCGGUAGAUGCGAGUACGAUAACGGUUCCCGACCAUCUCCGCUUCCAGUACGAGUCGUUGCACCGUCAACAUCGUGUUCGUCGUUCCUAUAUCACAAAGGGAAUUCAUAAAAAUGAAGAAAUUUAUGGAGAAGUGUCGUUCAGCGAGAGCAAUCGCCAACUCUUCACGUUUGACAUCUCCAGCAUCCCCGAAGGCAGUGAGGUCAUCAUGGCUGAGCUCAAAGUCUACAAGGAGCGACCCAACCAUUCCAUCUUCAAACCCGAAGGCGAGGAUGGUGAGACUCACGUCGUCAACCACGGCCACGUCCACUCCGCCUUGGUCUCCGUCAAUCAACUCACCAACGAGGAGAUCGACUUGGAUUCAGACCCGAGCGACCUGGCAGCCGAGGUCGUCAACCAACACAACGGCAUGAAAACCAACACCAUCGAUCAGAGAGAGGUGAAUCUCAACGGCUCGGGAUGGAAAGUCUUUGACGUCACUAACACAAUCCAGACCUGGGUAGCGGAUCCCGACAGCAACCUCGGCGUCGCAUUCAACAUCGACCCGAUCGAGAGAAGUCAUCACGCCAGGCAGGUGGCCGACGAGAUGGUCUUCGCAACCGACUUUUAUCCCGAUUCUCCGAACUCUCCCGAUAGCAGACCUGUUCUCAUCAUCUACACGACCAAAUUUGCACCAAGUGAUGAACCUAACGAGUGUCAGUACGAAGGUGAAGAAGAACACCGUUGUUGUCGCCGCCGAAAGUACGUCGACUUCCGCGACCUCUCGUGGACAAGUCGCUGGAUCAUCGAGCCAGCCGGCUUCGAAGCCUUCGACUGCUACGGCCCGUGUCACAACUUUCGUAGUCGCCACAUCAGAGAUAUCUUCAGGCUCCCGUUCUACGGUGGCUCUCCAUCGGGUUUGCCCUCCAGGUCAGGUAGUCAUCGGACCUGCGGCGUGUCCAGAUCAUCCGCGUUGCCCAUGAUGUAUCUGUCUGCUACCGAAAGUGGCGCUGUCGAGCUGAAAGUGGAGGAGAUCCCGAACAUGAUCGUCGAAGACUGCAGCUGCUUAUUAUGAUGCGGCUGUUUAUUAUGAUUCGGCUCAUGAGACAUUGAUAUGAUGACAGUGAACUUUUCGGUACUAAUAACCCCCUGAUAAUCAAAAGAGCAUCAAAAUGGUUGAAAGAAUAGCAUUUACAGGGAGAGAGAAGAUGACUUUUCGUUUCAUAGUGGUAUGAAUUCGCCACAGAAGGAGACCGUAUGACGAACUUAAUAACCUAUCAAAAAGAAGAAGGUUGCAGAAGUGACUUUUUAUUUUAUAUAGUGUGUGUGUGCUGUAGUAUGUCUGAAAUAGUCUAAAAGACAAGUACAUUCUGAGUAUGAUUAUACUCGUGAUACAUGGGUAUGGCUGCAUUCAUGAGUUUUGCAACCUUUUAAAGCUUGAUAUUCAAUGAAAAUCGAAAUGAAUGACUGUACAUGUUUUGCCAUAAAUUAUUAUACAAUCUAUAUUUUAUCAAACUAUGUGUUUAUGAUUUCCGCUAUAAUGUAUUCAUAAUAAAAUGCAAUAAUAUGAUAUAAUCGAAA